AUGUUUCCCCUGUGCUCGGCCACAAGCUGCCAUUACCAUUCUCAGAUUUUAUUUCCUGGCAAUUGGCGAGGUUGUUCUUCCUUCAGGAGAGAGUCGAUUCACAGAUACACUUCUGUUGAUAAUUUCUUCUUUGGCAUUUCUAAUGGAACACCACUUCAGAAGAGUUGCUUAUCUCAAGCCACUGGGAGUUUCUUCACCGGUACCAUCGAGAACACAGAACAGCAAGUAUCCACUUUCACAAGUUUGUGUGAGAAUGAGUUGGACAGAAUCAACUACAUGGUUUAUGACAUGAGAGAAGCUCUUGUAGCCGGUGAUCUUCGUGGGGGUCUGACAUAUGUAGACAGUGAAGACUUUGCUGCUGAGACAUUAACUGAAAACACCAGUAGCCUUCUAUCUCCGGAUACUUCUGUGUCUCUGCCAGAUACUCUAGAUCUCAAGCCAGGGCCACUUCCCGAUGCGAAAGCUAGCUUUGAUGACCUUUCUUCUAGUGUCAAGGAGUCGCUAAGCUCUUCACUAAACCAAGGAGAAAACGCUGUGAAGAACACUUUGGAUUCCUUCUCCUCGUCCGUGACAUCCAUUACAAAGAAUGCUUCUCAAGCUGUAGAUAAUGCAUUCAACACUGCGUUUUCUACGCUAGACCAGACAGGAGAUAUAGCUGGAGACAAGCUUUCGAGCGUUUCCACUGGCUUGAAGGACGCUUCAAACAGAGCAGCUUCUGUUGCAAUUGAGCUGUUGAGGCAAUCAGUUGGUAUUGCAGAGAGUUCCUUAGCAAAUGGAGUUUCUUUUGUUGUCUACUCUUAUGGCUCAGCAAAGGAACUGCUUCCUCCAGAUGUUAAAACUGUGCUUACCUCAUCAGAAGAUGUUGCUCUAAAAGUAUUGAGGCCCUUGGGUGCUGUGUUGAAGCAGGUGUAUAUUGCCGUUGGAGGUUUGGAGAGAAAUUUGGGGUUGAAUCCAGAUGAUCCAAUCAUUCACCUUUUUCUCUUCGUAGGCACCACAGGAACCUUUUGGACUCUAUAUCGGGUUUGGACAUAUGGUGGAUAUGCUGGAGAUUUGUCUCCAAAGUCAACUCUUGAGCUUUUAACAUCCAGAGAAAAGCCAGUCCUCAUUGAUGUCAGGCCUGAAGCCUUGAGAGAGAAAGAUGGAAUCCCUGAUCUGCGGAGAGGAGCUCGUUUUCGAUAUUCUAGUGUGACACUUCCUGAGGUUGACGGUGCUGUUAAACGGCUACUGAGAGGUGGAAAUGAAGUGGAUGAUACCUUGACAGCAGUUAUCAUCAAGAACUUAAAAGCAGUCAAGGACAGUUCCAAGGUUAUUGUUAUGGAUGCUGAUGGAACUCGCGCUAAGGGCAUUGCAAGAGCCUUGAGAAAACUUGGGAUUAAGAAGCCAUACUUGGUGCAAGGUGGGUUUAGAUCAUGGGUUAAGGAAGGUCUUCGUGUGAAAGAGCCAAAACCUGAGACAACACUUUCCAUCCUCAACGAGGAAGCUGAGGCAAUUCUUGAGGACAUAAAUCCCUCUCCACUGCAAGUAGUUGGAGUUGGUGUGGGGUUUUUCGCAGCAUUGUAUGCUUUGUUUGAGUGGGAGAAAACACUGCAACUCAUAGCUGUCUUUGGCCUCGGCCAGACUAUAUACCAGCGACUUUCUUCAUAUGAUGACUCCGAAGACUUCAAGGAAGACGUCAGGCUGUUGUUUGCACCGGUGAAACUUGGAGCACAGGCUUUCUCAUGGGCUGCAGGAAAACUUGAGACAAAUGGUGUUGGCCUCCCGACUUCACCUUCUUCCACAGAUGUCCGAAGCCGGGUUUUACAGGCUGCUGCUAAGCAUGAAUCUCAGCCGUCUGAUGAAACUUCUGAAGGUCUCCAAGAUGCAUCGUCGUCAUCCACAGAAGAAGCUUUGGACAAGGUCUCAGAAGCGUAA